ACCAACUCUAACUCGUGCUCGUUUCACGGUACCGCGUCAUCAAACAACGUACAGUUCCAGUCUAUCUCCUGUACUAGACAUUAUCUUUCUUACUUAGGGUAAAAUAAUGUCGAACCUUCACAACUUCAACACCUGGAACUGGCCUCCAGAUGACUUGCCUGAUACCCAGAACCCAUCUCCCAACUCUGACGCUUUUAACACCUGGUCUGCUCUUCGCCAGUUGCUCAACGACGAUAUGGGCGUCCCAGCUUCAACUCCCGUGAACCCCGACGCAGCCUCCACUGGUGAGAGCAGCAACACCAACCUCAAUCAGAGCACCGAAGAUACCAUUGACGACGAGGAUAAUCCCACCGCAACCGCUCUAGCAACCAAGUCUGAUGACGCUGCCAUGUCCGACGUCCAAGACGACCCCUACGCUCUCAAAGACAACUCCAGAGACAACAAGUACAAAUUCCCAAUUCCGUCCAACCCGCUCUGGAUUGCCCGCACUGACUCCCCUGAGCCGCGUCUCAGCACGCUCAAGGCAUGGCUCAUCACCACCGACAUGGGCACCUUCAACAUGACGCAGUACUCUCUCUUCAUCCAGCUGUCCUUCUACGGCGCCGGCUGGAUGUAUCGUGUCGUCGGCGAUCUCAAAGCCGACAUGAAGUACGAGAACCUGCAGUGGGGCGUGCCGGGCAACGACAUCGAAGUCAAGUGGCAGGAGUACCUGGGCACCGUGCAGGAGAAAGACUGGGAGGCGGGUAAAAUCGACGAGGCAUGUCGCAGUGUGCAGGUGCCGAAGAAGGCGUUCGAUGCGCGUGGACGGCUUAUUGAUCCGGCAGUGCCGGUGAGGGGAAGCAGGGCGUGGACGAGGGAGGUGGUGGCCAAGUUGCGCGAAGACUAUAUCAUCAUGUAGUUUCCUGGUCGCUGUCAGUGCGGAGAACUUGCUCGUAUGAGCGGAUAUGAACGGCCUGGACUGCUGGAUAUCUGUAGAAUCAACUCCUCUC